AUGAAGUUCGCCGCCAUUAUUGUGUGCAGUGCUGCUGCCGUCAUGGCCGCCCCUCAGAGUGCUAACUGGCGCGCUGAUGUGGCUGCCCGUGGAGCCGACAUGUGGAGGGCCGAUGUUGUUGCCCGCGAGGCUGACGCCUACAGAGCUGAUGUCGAGGCUCGCGAAACCUACAGAGCCGACGUUGAGGCCCGUGACUCUUACCGAUCUGAUGUUGAGUCCCGCGCCGAAUCCUGGAGAGCCGAUGUUGCUGCCCGUGGUGCCGACAUGUGGAGAGCCGAUGUCGUUGCUCGCAACUCUGAUGAAGUCAAGCCCUUCCGAGCCAACGUCGAGGCCCGCGCUGAGUCUUGGAGAGCCGACGUUGAGGCUCGCGAUACCUACCGCUCUGACGUCGAGUCUCGCGCUGAGUCUUGGAGAGCUGAUAUUGCCAACUAA